CCUUGCUACCGCCUCACACCAAGGAGAGGGGACAAAUUAAAAAGGAGAAAAAAGCAGAGAGAGAAGAUGAACGGAGUGGAGGAGGUGAACAUGGGGGAGGUGGAGAAGGGCAGCAGUGUCGGGGGCGCCGGUGGUCGCGAUGGUGAGGUGGCGGCGGGGGCGGUGAGCCUGGAGGCGCUGCGGAAGCGGAUGGCGGUCUUCGCCAGGGAUAGGGACUGGGAGCAGUUCCACUCCCCCAGGAACCUCCUCCUCGCCCUGGUAGGCGAGGUGGGGGAGCUUUCUGAGAUAUUCCAAUGGAAAGGGGAGGUGCCCAAGGGUCUGCCAGGCUGGGACGAGACGGAGAAAGAGCACUUGGGCGAGGAGCUCGCCGACGUGCUCCUCUACCUGAUCCGGUUGUCGGACAUGUGUGGAGUCGAUCUUGGCAAGGCUGCCCUGCGCAAGAUGGAGAUCAAUGCAUGCAAGUACCCAGUCGACCAGUGCAAGGGUUCAUCCAAGAAGCACACCUGCUACAGCUCCAAUAACGAUGUUAGUGACAACGACAAAGCUAAUGCCAGCCUCAAUGCGAACAAGGAGCAUAACCACAGGGUCUAAAAGACGUUGUGGCUUCUUGAAUGGUAGCUUGGCUGGUUCUUGCGUUAUGUGAUAUCUAGGUUAUGUGCUGAUGAUACAGGGAUGCUCUAUUUUGGUGAUAAAGGGACAAGUCUGGUUGUGUUCGAGUUCCCCUCUAUAUAUUAGAUGCCUAAUUAAAGAAUCAAGUGUUGACCACAAGAUUUGUAGGCUGCAUUUCUAAUGAAAUGGUAUUUAUCUUCUUCUUAA